UGCUCUAUAGUAGUAGUAGUACUAAGUAUUUCUCUUCGACUUGGCCGUCUGGAUGAUUUUCUCUCUUAUUUCUUCUGAUUCUGAUUCUGAUUCUUCUUAUGAUCAGCUGACUGCCAUCCGACAUCGGCCGGGGAGAAGCAGUCCAACUCCGGAAUCACCUGAUCCGUCCGCUUCCUCUCCAUUUUUCGUCGUUGUCGCGCUCGUUCUUAUAAGAAGACUCAUCGUCCCCGUUUCCCAGUCUGAUUCUUCGUUACAAUCUCCCCUCAAUUGUAUCAAUUCCAUCCUUCACAAUGGCUGCCAGAGGUUUCUCCCGCGCUCUGCGCCUGUCGCGCGUUGCUGCUCCUCGCUCCGUCAUGACGGCAGCGCUCCCUCGUCCGUCGCUGGCGACGGUGACUCCUCGUGUGGCCCCGGUUAUGGCCACCCGUGGUGUCAAGACCAUCGACUUCGCUGGCACCAAGGAGACCGUCUACGAGCGUGAGGACUGGCCCCGCGAGAAGCUCCAUGACUACUUCAAGAACGACACCCUCGCCCUCAUCGGCUACGGUUCCCAGGGUCACGGCCAGGGUCUCAACCUCCGUGACAACGGUCUCAAUGUCAUCGUUGGUGUCCGCAAGGAUGGUGCCUCGUGGAAGGAGGCCAUCCAGGAUGGCUGGAUCCCCGGCAAGAACCUGUUCGAUGUCAACACUGCCAUCGAGAAGGGUACUAUCAUCAUGAACCUCCUCUCCGACGCCGCCCAGAGUGAGACUUGGCCCACCAUCAAGCCUCUCCUGACCAAGGGAAAGACCCUCUACUUCUCCCACGGUUUCUCUCCCGUCUUCAAGGACCUCACCAAGGUCGAUGUCCCCAAGGACAUUGAUGUCAUCCUCGUCGCUCCCAAGGGCUCUGGCCGUACCGUCCGAUCUCUCUUCCGUGAGGGCCGUGGUAUCAACUCCUCCAUUGCCGUCUACCAGGAUGUCACCGGCAAGGCCAAGGAGAAGGCCGUCGCCAUGGGUGUCGCCGUCGGUUCCGGCUACCUGUACGAGACCACCUUCGAGAAGGAGGUCUACUCUGACCUCUACGGUGAGCGUGGAUGCCUGAUGGGUGGUAUCCACGGUAUGUUCCUUGCUCAGUACGAGGUCCUCCGUGAGCGCGGUCACUCCCCCUCUGAGGCCUUCAACGAGACCGUUGAGGAGGCCACUCAGUCCCUGUACCCUCUGAUCGGUGCCAACGGUAUGGACUGGAUGUACGCUGCCUGCUCGACCACCGCCCGCCGUGGUGCUAUCGACUGGUCCAGCCGCUUCAAGGAGAACCUGAAGCCUCUGUUCAACGAGCUGUACGACAGCGUUCGUGACGGCACUGAGACCCAGCGCAGCUUGGACUACAACUCUCAGCCCGACUACCGUGAGAAGUACGAGAAGGAGAUGCAGGACAUCCGUGAUCUAGAGAUCUGGCGCGCCGGAAAGGCUGUUCGCUCUCUCCGUCCCGAGAACCAGAAAUAAGCUAUGUAAUACUAGGAUACCGUGACGAAAAAAAGUUAAUGUACGAUCUAUUAUCAUCUUCCAAUUUGUCUUUCUUCGUAUUUCCCACU